UAUCAUGGCACCUAAAACGAAGCUCACCUACUUCAAUGGUACUGGACUCGCAGAGUCCAUCCGGUUCCUAUUAGUCUACCUGGACAGAGAGUAUGAGGACAGCAGAUUUGGAGAGGAGGAGUGGGCCAAAAUGAAACCAACAACCCCCUGGGGCAAGGUCCCACUGCUGGAGGUGGAGGGCGAGAAAUCUGUAGCAUGGUCCCUUGCUAUUACACGGUACCUGGGUCGUGAAGCUGGGCUUGCUGGUGCCAACACCUGGGAGGACCUCAGGAUCGAUGAGAUUGUCUACGUCAUCAGUGACUUGCAAUCUUCAAUGGCCAGCUAUUUCCAUGAAGAGAACGAGGCUAUGAAAGAGUAUCUUAAAGGACCUUUGUUUAGUACCACAAUACCUUUCUACUUGUCACGGUUGGAGAGCCAAGUGAAGGAGAACAAUGGUUUUCUGGCAAAUGGAAAGUUAUCCUGGGCGGAUGUGUAUUUUGCUGCACUCAGUGAUUACCUGAACUGGAUGAACGGCUCAAAGGAAAUCCUGGUAGGAUACCCCAACCUGCAGGCUCUAAAAGCAAAGAUCUUUGCCUUACCCAAGAUCAAGGAGUAUGUCGCGAAGAGACCGAUCACCAUAGAACUCCAACUCAAAGAGUGAACACAUAUACAAAUUAAACUAAGAAAGCUUGAAUUUAAUGCCUUAAAUCUUAUAAUAUUGUUAUUGACCAUUGCUAAUAUUUUAAUAAAUAUAUUUCUAUUAACGUAAA